AUGGCCGAUCUGAAAUCCACCACGCUUACCCUCAUUUUUGGGCCCCAGGAUCCAGAUAUCAGUGGCGAACAAUUGGACGAUCUUCGAACAGCCCUGCUCGAAUCACCGCGUUUUCAAUGGAUGAUAGAUCUUCUGACAAACUUAAAACCAGAGUGGUCGACAAUCGCUACUGCUCAUCCUGAACUCCAGGCUUUCCAGGGUUCGAAGUACCUGCAGAUACUGGGCGAAUGGAUGAGAAGGGGUGUAUUGCCUCCGAACAUAUUUCCAAUGCCCAAUGUUUUGGUCACUCCGUUGGUCGUCAUAACUCAAUUGGUGCAAUAUACCAAGUUCGUCGAACAAAUCAACCCAAAGAUCAUGCGAGAGGAUGCUUUGAAGGGGGUAUUGAAGAUUCCCACCGAGACAGCGGGUUUGUGCACUGGGCUGUUGAGCAGUGCUGCUGUUGCUAGCUCGGGAAGUCUUGCAGAACUCGAAAAAUAUGGAGCGACUGCCAUCCGAAUGGCGAUGGCGAUCGGCGCCUUAGUCGAUGCCGGAGACUCGGAAAUUGAAGAUGGCGAUAAAUGGCAGUCGCUUGCUGUUGGUUGGACGACCCAGACAGGGGAGAUGGAGUUGACUAGUAUUGUGGAGCAUUUUCCCGGGGCUUAUAUCUCUGUCAUUUCCGAGGCCCGCCUGGCCACCCUCACUAUUCUGAAGAAAGACACGGAUAGAAUUCAAGAGGCAUUGAAGAAUUCCGGUUUCAUUUUCACAAAGACAACACUUCGUGGACCCUUCCACUGUGCGCGGCGCAAGGAACAUGCGACAGCUCUUUUGAAUUUAUUUGACUCAGAGUCGACUUUCCAUUUUCCGGCCAGCUCGCAGCUCGCCUUCAAGACACGAGAAGCCAAUGGCUCUCGAUUCUGCGACAACGAUAGACUUCACCAGAUGGCCACUUGUGCAAUGCUGACAGAGCAGGCCAAUUGGCACAAGCUAUUCAACACACUGCAUGAUUCAACUUCCCUGGCUGUGACCUUUGGGAGCCAGCGUUUCGUACCGCAGUGGUUCCUCCGCAAGCUCGGUCCUAACUUGUCAUCUGCAGCCGAUCUCGACAUACAGGCAAAUAUUUGCCCUGCCCCGAUGUACGCUCUACUAGACCCUGUCCCAGACUACUCGAUUGCUGUAGUCGGUAUGGCUUGCCACUUCCCUGGCGGCAGAGAUCUAGAUGAGUUUUGGCAGACUAUCUGCGCGGGAGAAUCGCAGGCACGCGAGGUCUCCGUGGACAGAGUGAACUUCGAGCACGCGGCCUGGAGAGAUAGCAAACCUGGGAAAAAGUGGUAUGGAAACUUUGUCCAAGAUUGUGAUAUGUUUGAUCAUAAAUUCUUUCAAAAUAGUCCGAGGGAGGUUGUAUCGACAGACCCUCAACACCGGCUGAUGCUGCAGGUUGCCUACCAGGCUGUGCAACAAUCUGGAUAUUUCAACAAGCGGAGGGCAAGUCGAAAUGUUGGAUGCUACGUUGGAAUUGGAGUCACAGACUAUGAGAAUAAUGUCGCGUGCUAUGAACCCACGGCAUACACCGCGACAGGAAAUCUCAAAUCCUUCGCUGCCGGAAAAAUCAGCCACUUCUUCGGUUGGAGUGGACCGGGCGUGACGAUCGAUACGGCCUGCUCUUCCUCCGCCCUGGCAGUCCACCACGCAUGUACUGCAAUUCUGAGCGGCGAGUGUGUUGCCUCCCUUGCCGGGGGCGUUAGUAUCAUGACGAGCCCCGAAUGGUAUCAGAACCUAGGCGGUGCAUCCUUCCUCAGCCCCACCGGGCAAUGCAAGCCAUUUGAUGCAGCCGCAGAUGGCUAUUGCAGAGGAGAAGGUGCGGGCGCCGUCUUCCUGAAAGAAUUGUCAAUUGCUCUUGAAGAGGGCGACCAGGUUUUGGGUGUUAUCAGGGGAUCUAGUGUGAACCAAAACGAAAAUUGCUCUGCAAUCACUGCUCCGAGUGUAUUAUCUCUCAGCAAAGUCUUCAGCAGUGUGCUCCGAAAGGCGAGGCUGGAUCCAAAGCAAAUCACAGUAGUCGAGGCGCAUGGCACAGGGACACAAGUUGGCGAUAAAGCGGAAUAUGAUAGUAUCCGCAAAACAUUGGGUGGCCCUGGCCGAGCGCAACCGCUAAAUUUGGGAUCCGUUAAGGGUCUUAUUGGCCACCUGGAGUGUGGCUCUGGCAUCGCUGCACUGAUAAAGGUGUUGUUGAUGAUUCAACACGGCUUUAUUCCCCCACAACCUGGUUUCCGUACGCUGAAUCCGAAAUUGAAGGCUCUACCAUCGGACAACAUUGAUAUUUCCAAAAGUCUCAAGCCAUGGCAAGUGGAAUUUCGUGCAGCCCUUCUCAACAAUUACGGCGCCUCAGGCUCAAAUGCAUCACUGAUAAUUACCCAGCCGAACCAAGCAACGUGCGAAGAUGCAGAUUUGGAAGCCUCUAUCGCAUACAAGCGGCCAUUCUGGUUUUCAGGUUUCGACAAUCAAUCAUUGCGAUCAUAUGCAGGGAAGAUGUCCCGAUUCCUUCGAUCCAGAAAGAAGAACGUCCCUUGCUUCUCGAUCCCUAAUGUAUCCUUUCAACUAUCUCGGCAGUCGAACCGCUCGCUGGGAGAGGCGCUUAUAUUUAGCUGUUCCUCAAUUGAUGACCUUGAAGCAAAACUUGGCGCUUUUGCAGACGGGCAUGGUGAGUUGAUAUCGACGGCUAGGAGAAUGGCAUCAAGGCCAGUGAUUCUCACAUUUGGCGGCCAACGAUCCAAUUUUGUCGGUCUCGAUCGAGAAGCAUACGACUCUUUCCCACUGUUGCGCGGUCAUCUUGACCGAUGUCACCAUAUCUGCCUAUCUUUAGGGCUGGGAGGAAUGGUACCCGCAAUCUUUGAACGGACCCCGAGAAAGAGUAUUGUAGAACUGCAAACCAUGAAAUUUGCUCUACAGUACUCCUGCGCGAGAAGUUGGAUUGAUAGUGGCGUGCAGGUCUCAGCGCUAGUAGGUCACAGUCUCGGUGAGCUCACGGCAAUGUGUGUCUCUGGCGUGCUUUCGCUCGAACAUGCAUUGAGGAUAAUCUCGGAGCGAGCGCGUGUCAUUGAAGCGAAGUGGGGCACAGAGAAAGGACGCAUGGUAGCCGUUGAAGGCAAUUUGGAGGAUGUGCAAGGGCUGUUGAAGUUGGCGAACGCUGCCUCGCCAGUCCCUGUCAAUAUCGCCUGCUACAACGGCCCUCGCAACUUCACCUUGUCUGGCACAUCCUUUGCAAUGGAGCGUAUCAAACAGACAAUAAUUGCCACUCCCGCCUUUUCUAACAUCAAGACAAAGGAUCUUGAGACUACCCAUGCUUUCCACUCCUCCCUAGUGGAUGAUCUGAUUCCUGAACUUGAGAAGCUGGGAGAAUAUGUGAUAUUCCGGAAACCAGUUCUUCACCAUGAGCGAGCAACUCAAGAGACUGCUAGCGGACCCCCAGUGUUCACAGCAUUUGCUUCUCAUAUGCGAGACCCAGUCUACUUUGGAAACGCAGUAGAAAGGCUUGCUGAGAAAUACCCUUCGAGCAUCUGGCUCGAGGCAGGCUCGGGCUCAGGAGUAACAGCGCUUGCACACAAAUCCAUCAAGUCUAACGGCAUGAUCUUCCAGUCUAUCAACAUCACAAGCUCAGGGGCUGUUCAGAACAUCACUGAUGCGACAAUCAACCUGUGGAAGGCGGGGCUCAAUAUCUCCUUCUGGGAGCAUGUCGAACCUGCAGUCAACUACCCCAUCCUUUUGCUUCCACCAUAUCAGUUUGUCAGGUCCAGACAUUGGCUAGAUCGUCGGAAACCGGAGGUAAAGCAAAUCGAGUUGGUCAUGCAGGCACCCGAGACACGCACCACUAUGUGGUCGUUCAUUGGCUUUCAAGACUCUGCCAAGAUGCAUGCGCGUUUCCAGAUUUACACCGAAUCAGAAGAAUUCCAGACUCAUGUUGGGGCCCAUUUCAUUGCACAAACAGCCGCAAUUUGCCCCAGUAUGGUUCAGCAGGUCAUAGCCCGUGAUGCGCUGGCAAGUCUGGUUGAGGACCUAAGUUUACUUCCUACUCUUGAAGGCAUGGAGAGCGAGUCCCCCCUUUGUCUGGAUGGGUCAAAACAGGUCUGGCUCGAUGCAGAGAGGGGUGAUAACAACCCGCUGACCUGGUAUUUCCGUAUUACCAGCACAGAGCGCGAGGCCCUGGAGACUAUACAGCAUGUCUCAGGCCGCAUAACAUUCCAGUCGUCUGAGGAUAUUAGUCGGAUCUUUGAUACCUAUGAGCGGCUGGUUGAUCACAAGCGGGCUCUCGGUUUGCUCGACGGGGAAGAGUCUGACCAAGUCAUCAAGGGUAGUCGGAACAUCUAUAGGAUGUUUGCCCCAGUGGUAGACUAUAAAGCCAAUAGCUACAAGGGGCUGCAGAAGCUUGUCUCCGCUGGAAACGAGUCUGCGGGACGCAUACUGAAGCAAGAUCCGCCACAAACCCUUCUCAGCGUUGGUCUGGGUGACAGCUUCUGUCAAGUGGCUGGAGUCUUCUUGAAUUGCAUGACGGACUGCGAUGACGGCAAAAUGUAUCUGUCUAAUCGGUCUGAUAUGUGGAUGCGUUCACCCAGCUUCCCAAUUGAUGUAAGACCAGAGCGAUGGGACGUAUAUGCGCGCCACCAGAGAUCGCCAAAGGGGUAUUUGAGCGAUAUAUUUGCCUUCGAUGCUGACAGCGGUAAACUAGUAUGGGUAGUCUUGGGUCUUCAAUUUGUUGAAGUAUCGAUUUCCGGCAUGUCCCGACUCCUAACCAAAUUGACUGAGGCUCAACCUGCGCAGCAGGCAGUCAUCGCUGCAGCGGUCAGACCAGGCACGCCCUUAGCCGAACCCUUUGCCAAAAGGAUCCCCCCAGCCCAUGUUUUCAUAACCACUCCGCCAACUAGCAUCACUGAGCCCGACAGCCAGAAGGCCAUCACAAAAAAAGAGGAAGACCCUGACAUUCUCGGUGGUGUUCGGAGUUUGUUGAUGAACUUGUUGGGGCUUGAUGCGGAUGAGAUACAACUUCAUUCCGACCUCGUCGAGCUGGGCAUUGAUUCUCUCCUAGCCAUGGAGGUGGCUCGGGAAGUUGAGAAAAAGUUUGAAACCAAGUUUGAGCUCGAGGAGCUCAUGGACAUGACAGAUGUUCGGAGUCUGGUUAAUACUAUUCGAACUAGCAAGGGAAUAACAGCAAGCUCUGACUCCUCCCCGGGGAUAGAUGGAGACCGUAGUGAUGAGCUUGUUAUGACAUCCUCGGUCAGUGACUCCAUCGCUACCCCAGGAGGAGAUGUUAAUGGCGACAUCCCUGGGAUUUAUAAGACAGGGGAAAUUCAACUCUCGGCCCGCCGCAUCACCGAUAUCUUCACAGAGACAAAAUUACUCAGCGACCAAUUCAUCGAAGAGAAUCAGCUCUCUGGAUAUUGCCACCACGUCCAGCCGAAACUAACGGAGUUGGUUGUUGUAUAUAUCUUGGAUGCCCUGGACCAAAUGGGAUGCUCGCUUCGCUCUGCGCUGCCCGGGGAGACAAUCCCCCAAAUCCCUCACCUCCCAAAACAUGACAAGGUCAUGGCUGUCUUUCGAGACUUGUUGGAAAAGGCCCGUCUUGUGAGUGUUCAAUGCUCCACAAUGACUCGGACAACUAUUCCGGUCCCAUCUAAACCCGCCUCCAAGUUGCUGCAAGAGCUCCUGCAUGAAUAUCCCGAGCAUUACUAUGAUCAUAUGCUCACCAGUCUGACGGGUACCAAGCUAGCAGAUUGCUUGACCGGGAAGUUGGAGGGUAUACAUUUGCUGUUCGGCUCUCCUGAGGGACGAGAGCUGGCAGCGGGUAUGUACGGGAAGUCCCCCAUCAAUAUGGCUUGGCUGCGACAACUGCAGCUUUUCUGGGAGCAAUUUAUGGCUCAAGUCCCAGCGCACUGCGAGGAACCUCUCCAUAUCUUAGAAUUGGGUGCAGGCACAGGCGGCACGACGGCGGCACUAUUGCCGCUUCUUGCGCGGUCGGGUAUCCCUGUGAGCUACACGGCCAGUGAUAUCUCACCUUCGCUAGUUGCUGGACUUCGGAAGCGCUUCAAAGAGUACCCAUGGAUGCGGUUUGAGGUGGUGGACAUUGAAAAGGAAGCCCCUGGUAAACUUCUGGAAAGUCAGCAUAUUGUGCUAGCAACGAAUUGUGUCCAUGCCACGCACAAUCUGGCAAAAACCACCAAAAAUAUUCAUAAAAUGCUUCGUCCAGACGGCUUCCUUACCCUACUGGAAAUGACCGAGCCACUACCUUGGGUUGAUUCGGUCUUUGGGCUGGUUGAAGGGUGGUGGCUAUUCAAUGAUGGUCGUCAUCACGCGCUUGUUCAGCCAGAGAUUUGGGAAAAGACCCUACACGGCAGCGGAUAUGGGAAAGUUGAGUGGACCGAUGGCGAUUUGCCUGAAAAUUCCAUUCAACGGCUUAUCAUAGCCCUUGCCUCGCCUGAGAAACACAGCCGGGUAUCCGAGUUUUCCCUUCCACCUUUGAAGACCCCGGCUGACUUCUCUGCCCGUCAAAUAGUAAUCGACUCGUUGGUUCACAAACACAUCGAUGGCUUUGUGGCCCCGAGUUUGCCUCCCAUUGGUAAAAGUACGCGCCGUUGUGUACUAGUCACAGGUGCCACGGGGUGUUUGGGUUCUCACAUCGUCGCCCACCUGGCCGAGCUGCCCGAUGUGCGAAGAGUAAUCUGCCUGAACAGGGGACGCGAUUCAGACGCAGCCGCACGACAGCUUGAGGCUUUGGAAUUGUGGGGUCUCCUCGAUGAAAACAUUUCGAAAUUGGAUGUCAUAGAAACUGACUCGUCAGCGCCCACCCUUGGUCUCUGUCCCCAGAAAUACCAGUAUCUUGUCAAGAACGUAACUGAUAUUGUCCAUAAUGCGUGGGCUAUGAGCAUGACGCGUCCGGUGCGUGGAUUUGAACCCAAAUUUAAGGCCAUGCGCAAUCUGAUUGAUCUGUCUCGUGCCUGCGCGUCGGAGGGGCGAAAAGUCGGAUUCCAGUUUAUUUCCUCCGUCGCGGUCGUCGGAUGUCACCCGUUCCUAAGUGGUCAGGCAAGAGUCCCGGAGCAAAGAGUCACCGUCGAGUCGGCGUUGCCGAUGGGAUAUGCCGAUGCCAAGCUUGUCUGUGAGCAUAUGCUCGACAAGUCUCUGCACCGGUAUCCUGAGUCCUUUCGCACGAGUUCCGUGAGAGUAGGACAGAUCUCGGGAUCUAAAGUGAAUGGCAACUGGAAUCCCGUGGAGCACCUCGUGCAUUUAAUCAAGUCGUCUCACACGCUCGGGGUGUUCCCAGCUCUCGAUGGAGUUCUGUCCUGGUGUCCCGUUAAUGAUGUGGCUGCCACUUUACGAGAUCUACUCCUAGGAGAUCAGCCUGUGUACCCUAUCUACCACAUCGAGAAUCCAGUGCGACAGCCGUGGCCCGAAAUGGCCGUCAUUAUUUCAAAAGCACUGAAUAUCCCCCCGACUAGUAUAAUUCCAUACGAAGAAUGGCUUCAUAGCGUGCGUCAAUUCCCACCCAGCUUGAUGGCCUCCGAAAAUCCUGCGGCGAGGCUGGCGGACUUCUUCGAGAUGGAUUUUGUGCGCAUGGCCUGCGGUGGCGUGAUACUCGACACAGCCCAUACCAAAGAGCAUUCUGAGACAUUUAGGGGAUUGGGUUCGAUUGAUGAGUCCUUAGUUAGGAAGUAUAUUCAGGCGUGGAAGGAAUCUGGGUUCUUGCAUUCAUAA